AUGGAGACCCUGCUUGGUGGCCUGCUGGCGUUUGGCAUGGCGUUUGCCGUGGUCGACGCCUGCCCCAAGUACUGUGUCUGCCAGAACCUGUCUGAGUCACUGGGGACCCUCUGCCCUUCCAAGGGGUUGCUCUUCGUGCCCCCUGACAUUGACCGGCGGACGGUGGAGCUGCGUCUGGGUGGCAACUUCAUCAUCCACAUCGGCCGCCAGGACUUCGCCAACAUGACGGGGCUGGUGGACCUGACCCUGUCCAGGAACACCAUCAGCCACAUCCAGCCCUUCUCCUUCCUGGACCUCGAGAGCCUCCGCUCCCUGCACCUGGACAGCAACCGGCUGCCCAGCCUCGGGGAGGACACCCUGCGGGGCCUGGUCAACCUGCAGCACCUCAUCGUCAACAACAACCAGCUGGGCGGCAUCGCCGAUGAGGCCUUCGAGGACUUCCUGCUGACACUGGAGGACCUGGACCUCUCCUACAACAACCUGCACGGCCUGCCCUGGGGCUCCGUGCGGCGCAUGGUCAACCUGCACCAGCUGAGCCUGGACCACAACCUGCUGGACCACAUUGCCGAGGGGACAUUCGCCGACCUGCAGAAACUGGCUCGCCUCGACCUCACCUCCAACCGGCUGCAAAAGUUGCCCCCGGACCCCAUCUUCGCCCGCUCCCAAGCCUCCGCCCUGACUGCCACGCCUUUUGCUCCACCCUUGUCCUUUAGUUUUGGGGGGAACCCGCUCCACUGCAACUGUGAGCUGCUCUGGCUGCGGAGGCUCCAGCGGGAUGACGACCUGGAGACCUGCGGCUCCCCCGGCGGCCUCAAGGGCCGCUACUUCUGGCACGUGCGAGAGGAGGAGUUUGUGUGCGAGCCGCCUCUCAUCACCCAGCACACGCACAGGCUGCUGGUUCUGGAGGGCCAGGCGGCCACGCUCAAGUGCAAGGCCAUCGGGGACCCCGGCCCCCUCAUCCACUGGGUGGCCCCUGACGACCGCCUGGUGGGGAACUCCUCAAGGACCGCCGUGUACGACAACGGCACCCUGGACAUCCUCAUCACCACAUCCCAGGACAGCGGUGCCUUCACCUGCAUCGCCGCCAACGCUGCCGGGGAGGCCACGGCCAUGGUGGAGGUGUCCAUUGUCCAGCUGCCACAUGUCAGCAACAGCACCAGCCGCACGGCGCCCCCCAAGUCCCGCCUCUCGGACAUCACUGGCUCCAGCAAGACCAGCCGGGGAGGGGGAGGCAGUGGGGGUGGGGAGCCGCCCAAAAGCCCCCCGGAGCGGGCUGUGCUCGUGUCUGAUGUGACUACCACCUCAGCCCUGGUCAAGUGGUCGGUCAGCAAGUCGGCACCCCGCGUGAAGAUGUACCAGCUGCAGUACAACUGCUCCGACGAUGAGGUACUGAUUUACAGGUGA